AUGGACAUGGAAGAUAUUGACAAGGUCAUAAAAGUGAGGAGAAAAGCGGCCCGGAUGGAGAAGGAGCUCGCCGCGCUGCAGGCUCAGCUGCGCGAUAUCCCCACGUGGACGCGGCUUUCCUCCACGGAUCCAGAUCUUUCGCAGAUCAAACUCGAGUGGGAUCCCUCCGUGCAACAACGCAAAUCUCAAGAGGACGAAGCACGUCGCCACCACCACCGUGCUGUUCCAGAAACGAUCGACCUCAAGGCUGUGGAAGAGCCCGCCGCAGAGACGGAAACCUCAAAGUAUAAGACAAAAUAUCAGGCCUUGAAGCAAGCCUAUAAAGAACUCAAAACGGUAUGA